CUCUAUUGUAUGCUUAUGCAUUAUUUCCAGAAAAACUUUGAGGAGCCCAUGACUAUGCAUUGCAUGGAUGCCAGCAACGGGGUGCUCUUGCCCUUCUAUGACCCAGACACCAACAUGGUUUACGUUUGUGGAAAGGGUGACAGCAGCAUCCGCUACUUUGAAGUGACAGAUGAAGAUCCAUAUGUUCACUUCCUUAGCAACUUUGUCUCCAAGGAGUCUCAGAGGGGCAUGGGCUACAUGCCAAAGAGGGGCCUCGAUGUCAACAAGUGUGAAAUUGCAAGGUUCUAUAAACUGCAUGAAAGGAAAUGUGAGCCUAUCGUGAUGACUGUACCAAGAAAGUCUGACCUGUUUCAGGAUGACUUGUACCCUGACACGGCUGGGCCUGACUCGGCCCUGGAGGCCGAGGAUUGGUUUGAGGGGAGGAAUGGUGACCCCAUCCUAAUCUCUCUCAAAAAUGGCUACGUUCCAACCAAGUCCCGUGAUUUCACGGUUGUCAAAAGGAACAUUUUAGAUGCCAAGGUGCCCAAGAGCACAGAGAACUCUUCCUCGGCCCAGAAUGCAUCGUUUGUGAGUAUUGCUGCAUUACAGUUGCAUGCACUAUGAUUUGCACAAGGCGUACGGUACCUCGUUUCCAGUCAUUUAUUUAAUUUGGCAGGGCAUCACACUGGAAGCGUACUCAAGUUAGUAGUUGUGCUCUGCAUUGCAAUCGUGGCUCUGGCCUUGUGGUGUUGAGUUUUGUGUACUCUACGCCACGGUCCAAAAACACUGGCAUCUACGUGACUUGAGUGGUUAAGGGCGUCAUGAUCAGC